CAUUAGCCAAAAAGAAAAACCUUUUUUUGUUGUCAUUAUAGUGAAAUUAUAUACGAUCAUUGCAUAAUCGUUGUCAUUGAAAAAUGUAAAAAACAACAACAACAAUGAAUUUCGUCAACUUUGAAUGAAUGAAGACAAAGAAUAAGAAUACUAUUAUCGUCAUUCGACUAUUUUAACUGUUUGAUAUAAAAAAAAUAUAUAUUUUAAAUUUUUUAAAGUUUAAAAUUUCAUCAUUAUUAUUAUGUUGUCUAGCGAAAAAUUGGCCAUUUUAAAUAGUCAAUCUAGCAGUAGUAAUAAUAAUAAUAAUAGCAACAACGAAUCCUAUAAAUCAACACCGAAAAUUAAUCGUAAAGUUUCCAUUUCAGAUCAUCAGCAAGCAACACCAUCGACAACAACAACAACACAGCAACAAUCAACUAAAAAAAAUUCAAUCAACGGUACCAGUGUAUUGGGUAUAAAUAAAAAACGAUUAUCAUUAUUUUCAUUAUCAUCAUUGACAAAAGAUAAUACGGAUAAAUCUAAUAAACAGCAACAACAACAACAACAACAACAACAAACAACACAGAAUUCAAUUUUUCGUCGUGGACCAUCACAAAAACAGCAACAGCAACAACAACUACAAAAACAACAACAACAACAAUUAAUGAUGCAUAGUUCGAUUGAAAAAUAUGAAAAAAUAGCCAAAAUAGGUGAAGGUAGUUAUGGUAUUGUAUUUAAAUGUCGUAAUCGUGAUAAUGGUCAAUUAGUUGCUAUUAAAAAAUAUGUUGAAACUGAAGAUGAUCCAUUGAUUAAGAAAAUUGCAAUGCGUGAAAUUAAAAUGUUAAAGCAAUUAAAACAUCCAAAUCUAAUCAAUUUGAUUGAAGUAUUUCGUCGUAAACGUAAAUUACAUUUAGUAUUUGAAUAUUGUGAAUUAACCGUAUUGGAUAUAUUGGAAAAAUAUCCACGUGGUGUACCUGAACCAAUUGUUAAACGUAUUAUGUGGCAAACAAUUAAUGCUGUAAAUUUUUGUCAUAAACAUAAUUGUAUACAUCGUGAUGUAAAACCGGAAAAUAUAUUGCUAACACGUGAAUGUAUAGUAAAAUUAUGUGAUUUUGGUUUUGCACGUACAUUGAUACCGGGUGAAAAUUAUACCGAUUAUGUUGCUACACGUUGGUAUCGUGCACCAGAAUUAUUAGUUGGUGAUACAAAUUAUGGUCCAGCUGUUGAUGUAUGGGCAAUUGGUUGUGUGGCUGCUGAAUUAAUGCGUGGUGAAGCAUUAUGGCCAGGUAAAUCGGAUGUUGAUCAAUUAUAUUUAAUACGAAAAACACUUGGUGAUCUACUUGCCCGACAUAUAACAAUAUUUCGUACAAAUGAAUUUUUUGCCGGUGUUUCAAUACCUGAACCGGAUACAAUUGAACCAUUAGAACAAAAAAUACCUAAACAUAUUGAUCAAACUGGAUUUGAAUUUUUACGACGAACAUUGGAUAAAGAUCCGGCAAAACGUUCAACAUGUGAACAAUUAUUACAAUUUUCAUAUUUUAAUAAUGUUAAAAUACCUGAUCUAUCUUUGUAUGCUACAUCAUCGACAACAAAUAAUAAUAAUAAUAAUAAUAAUACGGCUAACAUACAUACAAAAUCCAAUACAAAACCAAUGGAUAUUCCAACUAAACAAACGACAACAACAACAUCAUCAUCAUCAUCAUCAUCAUUAUCAGCAUUUAAUUUACCACAAAUAUCACCAAAAACAAUGAAUAAUGAUAAUGAAAAUUCAUUAUCAACAAUGUUAACAACAAUGAAACAACAACAACAACAACAACAAUCAUCAAAUGAUUCAUCUAAUCAACAUAGUCCACAACGACAUGUUACCGGAACAAUUAUCCAUAAUAAUAAUAAUAAUAAUAACAGUAAUAAUUUUAUUAUGUCGAAUCCAACAAUAUUGGAUUCAUAUUCCGGUAGUAAUAUAACAAGAAGUAAAGUUUUUGAACAUUUACCCAAUAUUUCAUAA